AUGACUGUGAUUGGUGUGGUUUACAGGAACUUGAUAAACAUUCUUGCUGAAGUUUCCCAAACAGGAAAGCAAAGGCACAUCCCCUAUAGAGAUUCCAAGUUGACAUUCUUAUUACAGGAAUCUCUAGGUGGUAAUGCAAAAUUAGCGAUGGUUUGCGCCAUUUCUCCAGUACAAAGCUGCAAGAGUGAGACAUUCAGUACACUAAGAUUUGCCCAGCGUGCGAAGGCUAUCAAGAACAAGGCAGUUGUCAAUGAAGAAAUGCAGGAUGACGUGAAUGUUUUGCGUGAAGUGAUACGAGAACUAAAGGAUGAACUUCUUCGAAUGAGGGCAAAUGGCAACAAAACUGAUUCGAACGGUGCGUCUGUUAGAGGGUGGGAUGCCCGNGGAGUGAAUGGCCCUUUGUGUGACCCACAAACCUUCAGCUUAUGCUCUCGUGAAUGGAAGAGUAUGAUUGGCUACAAUGCAUCCAAUUCUUCAAUGGGUCNAACGGUGCGUCUGUUAGAGGGUGGGAUGCCCGUAGAAGCUUGA